CCGGUGCGGCUCACAGCGCCCUGCUCUGCCCGGCAGAAAGCCAUCGACCUGGUCACCAAAGCCACCGAGGAGGACAAGGCCAAGAACUACGAGGAGGCGCUGCGGCUGUACCAGCACGCUGUGGAGUACUUCCUGCACGCCAUCAAAUAUGAGGCUCACAGUGACAAGGCGAAGGAGAGCAUCCGGGCCAAGUGCGCGCAGUACCUGGACCGGGCGGAGAAGCUGAAGGAAUACCUGCGCAGCAAGGACAAGCAGGGCAAGAAGCCGGUGAAGGAGUCCCAGAAUGACAACAAGGGGAGCGACAGCGACAGCGAGGGCGAGAACCCCGAGAAGAAGAAGCUGCAGGAGCAGCUGAUGGGUGCCAUCAUGAUGGAGAAGCCCAACGUGCGGUGGAGCGACGUGGCCGGGCUGGAGGGAGCCAAGGAAGCCCUGAAGGAGGCCGUGAUCCUGCCCAUCAAGUUCCCACACUUGUUUACCGGGAAGCGCACGCCCUGGCGCGGGAUCCUACUCUUUGGGCCUCCCGGCACCGGCAAAUCCUACUUGGCCAAGGCCGUGGCCACGGAGGCCAACAACUCCACCUUCUUCUCCGUCUCGUCCUCUGAUCUGAUGUCCAAGUGGCUGGGGGAGAGCGAGAAUGGCCCCCGGCUGGUGAAGAACCUGUUUGAGCUGGCGAGGCAGCACAAGCCCUCCAUCAUCUUCAUCGACGAGGUGGACUCGCUGUGCGGCUCCCGCAACGAGAACGAGAGCGAAGCGGCGCGGCGCAUCAAGACCGAGUUCCUGGUGCAGAUGCAGGGAGUGGGCAACAGCAGCGAUGGGAUCCUGGUGCUGGGCGCCACCAACAUCCCCUGGGUGCUGGACUCGGCCAUCAGGAGGAGGUUCGAGAAGCGCAUCUACAUCCCCCUGCCCGAGGCGGCGGCGCGGGCGCAGAUGUUCCGGCUGCACUUGGGGAACACCCCGCACUGCCUGACGGAC